AUGGAUCGCAUCAGUCGCAUGCUGCAAGCUGCCCAGGGCGUGGGCAUGGGAGGUGGUGCACCUGGUGGUGACACGCCAAACCUGAUUGAUAACUCUGAGACGGUCCACAUUUCCUCCCUGGCUCUGCUGAAAAUGCUACGACAUGGCCGUGCUGGUGUGCCCAUGGAGGUCAUGGGCCUGAUGCUGGGCGAGUUUGUUGAUGAAUACACGGUGCGGGUGGUGGAUGUGUUUGCUAUGCCGCAGAGUGGUACAGGUGUCAGUGUCGAGGCUGUGGAUCCUGUUUUCCAGACCAAGAUGAUGGAGAUGCUUCGGCAGACGGGACGGCCAGAAACUGUCGUUGGCUGGUACCACUCUCACCCUGGGUUUGGAUGCUGGCUCUCGUCAGUCGAUAUCAACACCCAGCAGUCCUUCGAACAGCUUACCCCCCGUGCCGUUGCCGUGGUUGUGGACCCGAUCCAGUCCGUCAAGGGCAAGGUUGUCAUUGAUGCAUUCCGACUCAUCCAGCCUCAAACGGUGGUCAUGGGCCAAGAGCCCCGACAGACAACGUCCAACUUGGGCCAUCUGAACAAGCCUUCGAUUCAGGCUCUCAUCCACGGUCUCAACCGCCACUACUACAGCAUUGCGAUCAACUACCGCAAGACAGGGCUGGAGGAGAACAUGCUCAUGAACCUUCACAAGCAUGUAUGGACCGAGGCGCUACAGAUGAGCGACUUCCACGAGGAGGGCCAGCACAACGUCGACCAGAUGAAGCAGCUGGUCAGCUUGGCGGAAGGCUACGAGAAGCGGGUCAAGGAGGAGACGGAAUUGACCAAGGACCAGCUGAAGACGAGAUACGUUGGCAAGGUGGAUCCCAAGAAGCACAUCGAGGACGUGAGCCAGCAGUUGAUCGAGGACAACAUCGUUGCCGUGUCGCGGCAGAUGAUCGAUAAGGAGGCCUCGGUGGCACGGGCAUCGGGGGGCAAAGAAGCGUCUACUGGGGCCGACAUGGAGGUGGAUGAGGAUCUCUAG